AUGUUUUCAAAUAUGCUCUCAGAUUCGAAUUUUUAGGAUGAAGUUUUUCCAUAUUAGAAAUUCUCGUCUUCUCAAUCAUUUGAAAUGGAACCAUUUUCAGAUUUUGAAUAAAAUUGCCAUCGUACUAUUUUUUUUAAUUGACUUAAUAGUGUCCAUAAAUACUAAUGAAGGAUCAUAGUUUUAAGAUGCUGAAGAUAGAGAAACGAUGUUUAAAAUAAAGGAAGAUGAUACUUCCCUCAAUGCUUUGAAUCAAGAGCAAAUGAAAAGAAAAUAAAAAAUUUGGAAUGAUGAAGAGGAUUCAAGACUGAAAUAUUUAUUUGUGGAGUUUUCAGGGAAAUGGAAUGAAAUCGCAAAGCACAUGCCUUAAAGAAACGCGUCUUAGUGUUAGCAGAGAUGGAGAAGAAUCAAUCCACCAAAAGAUGUAUUGUUAUUAAAUUAUAAUUUUUAGUCAAGGCAUAUUUGGAAGCAGGAGGAAGAUGAUAAAUUAAAAUAGUUAGUUUAAGAUAUUGGUAAAUAAUGGAUGAAGAUCGCGAAAUGUAUUCUUAUUGGAUUAUUUUAGGUUUUGGCAACAUUACAGGGAAAUAAGUUAGAGAUAGAUACAUCAAUAAAUUAGAUUAGUCUAUAAAUAAAUAACCAUGGACUUACGAGGAAGAUAUGCUUAUUUUGGACUAGUAUAACAUUUAUGGACCUAAGUGGACCAAAAUUUCGAAUCAACUAAAAGGGAGACCGGUAAUUUUAAGUUUAUUAUUUUAUAGGAAAAUCAUGUUAAGAAUAGAUUUUAUAGCUAUAUAAAACGAAACUUUUUAGGAGAAUAGAAUAGAUACUAAAUAAUCUAUUCUUGA